AUGUUUGCUCCUCAUGCUUUCCCGGGCACAGAGCCUGGGGCUGAAUACGACACUCUCUCUCAAGACGUCCUUGUUGCUGUGCAGAUUGAGUCUCGCGCAGGUGUCGAAAAUGUAGCGAAGAUUGCCGAAGUUGAUGGCGUGGAUGUCAUCUUCAUCGGUCCGUUCGAUCUUUCGAAGCAAAUGGGUGUGGAGCGCGGUGGUCAGGAGCAUGAGGCGGCAAUCCAGAAAGCACCGAAUGCUGCGCACGCAGCCAACAAAAAGUGUGCCAUUUUCUGCACCGACGGGGCUGAUGCUCUCACACGCGCCAACCAAGGUUUUGACAUGAUAUCUGUCAAUACUGAUGUCGGUGUACUCAAGAGAGGCAUGGAAAAUGACAUCAGGACUGCCAAUGGGGAGGGCCAAAAGGUCCACCACAGGCACGGCUACUGA